CUAAUAACGUAUAGAAAUAUAUAUACACAGCACUAGAGGAGACGUGUAUACUGCCGUAUGGGGGAGCACAGCGCUCAGAGCGAGCUACAGGAAUGUCAGCGUAACCUGUAGAGUGCACCGCCGUCACCGCCGUGAGUCAGCACUAUUGACCCCCCAGCACCUUGAAGGAAGUAGCACUUUGCAAGAGUCUUCUCAUCUUCCAGGCUGCAGGUGUUGGAGCUCAGCAGAACCCAGGAAGAUGACCGAGCGGACGGCAAGAACCCAGGAAGAACCCAAGCAAGGCAGAGUCAUCACUGUGGUCUUUGGUGCUCUGCUCAUCGACCUUUUGGGCUUUACGCUUAUCUUGCCGCUCUUGCCUUCCAUAUUGGAUCAUUACAGCAAGUCUAAUGAUGGCCUUUAUCAGACGUUACAGAGCACAGUGGACUGGUUUGCUGAAACGGUUGGGGUUCCCCAGGAGAGGAAAUACAACAGCGUUCUGUUUGGAGGUCUUAUUGGGUCCCUUUUCUCCCUACUGCAGUUUCUCUGCUCACCGCUCACCGGAGCAGCCUCUGAUUAUGCAGGAAGACGGCGAGUCCUGAUGAUCACUACGGUUGGGUUAGCGGCAUCCUAUGCUUUAUGGGCCAUCUCAAGAAGCUUUGGUGUUUUCCUGAUUUCACGUAUCAUUGGAGGAUUGAGCAAAGGAAACGUCAGUCUGUGCACAGCGAUUAUUGCUGACCUACCUUCCCUUAGAAACCGCAGUAAGGGCAUGGCAAUGAUCGGGGUGGCCUUUUCUUUGGGUUUUACCCUUGGCCCGAUGGUUGGAGCUUACAUUGCAAUGAACACGACGGGUGACGAGCUCUUCUACGUGCGGCCGGCCCUCCUCGCGCUCCUUCUCUCCGUUAUCGACCUAAUAUUCAUAUUUCUGCUCCUUCCAGAGACUCUUCCCAAGGAGAACAGGGUUCCAUCCAUGAUGGUUGGAUUUCAAGGGGCUUCAGACCUGCUCAGUCCUGUGUCCUUAUUCCAGUUUUCUGCAGUAACAAGGAGAAAGGACCGUCCUUCUCAAGAAAGUCUGUACAAUCUCCGUGUCCUGGGCCUGGUCUACUUCUUGUACCUCUUCCUCUUCUCUGGCCUUGAGUACACCAUCAGCUUCCUGACCCACCAGCGCUUCCAGUUCAACAGCAUGCAGCAGGGGAAGAUGUUUUUCUUCAUCGGAAUUACCAUGGCCGUGAUCCAGGGCGGAUACGCUCGGAGAAUCAAACCGGGAAAUGAAGUGAAAGCCGUCAAACAGGCCAUUGUUCUUCUCAUUCCAGCAUUCCUGCUGAUAGGAUUUGCAGGCGGCCUGACCACGCUGGGCUGUGGACUUCUCCUCUAUUCUUUUGCUGCAGCCAUUGUGGUUCCAUGUUUAUCCUCAUUGGUUUCAACCUAUGGCUCCGCCAGUCAGAAAGGCACAGUGAUGGGAAUCCUUCGAAGUCUGGGGGCUCUCGCCAGAGCUUUGGGGCCUAUCUUAUCAGCUACUCUAUACUGGCUGAUCGGCGCUGAAGCCUGCUUCACCCUCUGUGCCAUCUCAUUCCUGAUCCCUCUCGUUUACCUCAGACGUGUGAAAGUGACUAGAAAGGAAGAAUAAGAAGAUCCAGGGAAGGAGAAAACUCUGAAGACUACUGCACUAUUCAGGAUGACUAUGUCCUUGACCAAAUACUUGAUUGUUCCUAACCCCUACAGAGUAUAUAGAGCUAAUAUGGGGUCACUUUCUGAAGAUCCCGUUCCCCCAGUAUUAGCUAUAACUUAGAGCAGUGAUCUGUAUUCCCAUCACUGGAACAUUUUGCUCAUUUAAAGCUAUGGGCAUCAUGUAUGAUCACAGACAUGGAUGAAGUGCCUUGACCAUAAACAUUCUGGCUUCCUGGUCCCUACCGGCUGAUCGGGGGCACAGGAUCAUGGGCUACACUGGUGGCUAUUUACCUCAGAUGACUGAGGAACAAGUUCUCUACAGAGCAGUCAUGCUUUUACGUGUUGUACAGAAUUUACCUUCAUGAUGGUACAAGCCUUGGCAUCAUAUGUUUCAUUAGCCCCUUACAUCAGAGCAGUAGGGUAUCUGUUUUAUUAUACAGCGAAAUUAUGUACUGUAUAUAGGCAUUUCAUGAUAUACCUUCCAGGAGUGGGGCUAGGAGUUAGCACUAUAUAUGUGUAUAUAUACAUACAUUUAUAUAUAAACUUAAAAUCACCCUCCAGUUGUAGAAAAAAAAAUCAUAAUUGGGGAAUGAAUAAAACACUUACCUGACGCCCUACUUUUCAGCUGCAGAUCCACCAAUUCUCAGACUCCGCUUCUGCUACCCGAAAUGGCGGCACUGCUUCUCAGACUUCCUGGUGCACACUGCGCAUUUAAUAGUCCAAUAUACUUCCUGCUGCCCUCUGAUUGGCCAGCACUGCACGUGUGCACAGUGCUGGCCAAUCAGAGGGCAGGGCUAGACAAGAAGGAAGUGUCUUGGACUACCAAGUAGUCUGAGAAGAGGCGCGGGCAGAAGAGAAAAGUAAUUAGCUAAAAAGAAGGGCACUAGGUAAUUUUUUUUUUUUUGUUCGCUCCCCAAUUAAAUUGAAUUUUUUUUUCUUGAAUCAGCAAGGUGAGGGAAUUUUGUACAUAGGGGUGUUGGCGUUUUAUACAUAAUGUGUGGCAUUCACAUUACCUACUGAUGUGACAGAGUAUAUGUUAUACAUAUCUACGGUAUAUAUGGUGCCAGGUGCCUGUACCACAUGUUGGGGGCUUGUAUUAUUUUUUUAGAUGAUAACUUUACAUGACGACUACAUUUAAAGGGGCACGAAUCCUAAAUUACAGCUGAUUUCUGAUUGUGGGACCAGGGUUGUUUUUGGACUUCCCUUUGAAGAAUGUUGCCGAACGGAUCCGCACCAAACGAGAGUGUGAAAGUAGCCUUAGGUCUAUGGUUGGUCAGAAGCGAGACCUCUAGGUCACUUUCAUUUAUUCUGAUCUCUCUCCAUGUAGUUGUUGGUUUCCCGCCAGAUUCCAGUCCCCAUAACACCAUAAUUUAGGAAACCCAUAGAGUACUAGGAAGAGACUUCGUAUUUAUAUUUCCAGAGACAGCAGUGGAAACUCUUAUCAGAGGCGACAGAGAAGAACAAUAGUGGUGACAUUAGAUAACAGCUGUGGAACCAAGGUCAUCUCCCCGAUAGAACAUGAUGGGACCUACAGACCUUACCAAAACAAAUAAUGGAAAUAUUGUUUUAGCAAAUAUAUUUAGAAUUGUCCUGUGUACUAUACGGGUUAUAUUCUGGAUCUGAUCUGUCUUGAAAACAUUUAUUUUCAAAGCUUGUGACGGCUACCCUGGUAGGUCAGUCAGUCUAACCAUGUAGGUGGAAUGUUGGCAGCAUAAGGAUAGGGCAACACGCACAACAUAUUUUGUAAUGCUAGUCUAUGGUGUUGCACUGCGAAUGUGACACAUCGCAAAGAAUCCAUCCAGGGUGGAUUUUCGUGACUCAGUAGCAGCAUGUAGCACCCAUGUUGCAAUAUAGUUGUACCCUAUAUGUCUCCUUGUAGCCCUAGCCUUAGAAUAAAAGAAACACCAGAUUUGGCCAACAACCCUCUCCCUCAAACAUUCACAGAUCUUAACACAUAAUCAUAAGGUUUCUUCCUGCUCUGUGAAGCCCUGUAGAAAAAGCUGGGCAGGACUAGUGCAUCUUCUGCAGAGCCCGUCCAGGACUCUACAUGUAGAUUACAACCUUUAUUUCAGUAGAUGGAACUUAGGGGAAAUGUGUGAACGUGUUCUCCGUUGUAUUCAUUCUGAGGAAGUUACAUAACUACAAAUACUGUUCAUAUUGUUAUUCUGUCUUCUGUAGUUUUUUUUCUCUUCUAUUUUGUACAGUCUCUUAUUUUUAUAUUGUUUUUUUAGCAGUUAAAUUUUUGGCAUUACAUGGGUUUUACUACCAAUAAACAUUUAUUUUGAUUAAACCAUAUAGGACUUGUCUCCAUACUGAUUAUACCUCUUUUUGUUACCUGGAUGUCAGUUGCUGUCUGGUUUCAGUCUAUAACUUUUAAAAAACGUCAAAGGUGGGGUGAUGGUAAUGAUAAAUAAGCCUGAAGAAAAAUCACAUCAAUAGGAGGAUAAUUCAAGAAGGUAACAUGGUUGGUCUACCAUCUGUGACCGAUAUCAGAAUACUGGCUUUGAGGGGAAAAUUCUAGAAAGGUUCAAAAAGUGAAAGCAGCCAUCGGAGCAAUUGCAGCUCCACGUGAGGUUGUCAUCUUU